ACUCGCGAUGAGGCUGUGAAUGUGCAACAGCAAAACACUUCCACACUUUUCCACAUGUCCACCGUUCCCAGUGGCUGUCUUUGCACAUUAACAAAACUGAAAUCUUGAAUAUCUAGUGCUUUCGUUUCACUACAUCCGUUCAGAGCCGAACUAUGACUAAAGACAAUGUACAAGGAGCCGGUGAGGAGGAGCAGCAGGCCCAGUCGAAGAAAGCCCUGAAGAAACAGCAGAAGGAAGCAGAGAAAGCGGCGAAGAAGGCAGAGAAGCAGGCCAAGCUGGCCGCAGAGCAGCAGGAAGCUGAUGAGGAUGAUUUUGCCAAGGAUCGCUAUGGGAUCUGUCCUAUGGUCCAAUCCCAGCAGAAACUGGACAGGGCGUUGGUGCGUGUCCAGGACCUGACACCCGAGAAGGCAGAGCAGCAGAUCUGGGUGCGCGCCAGAAUUCACACUAGCAGAGCUAAAGGGAAACAGUGCUUCUUGGUCCUGCGUCACCAGCAGUUUACCGUGCAGGCCUUGCUCGCUGUGGGAGAUCGUGCAAGCAAGCAGAUGGUCAAGUUUGCAGCUAACCUCACGAAGGAGAGCAUCAUUGACGUGGAGGCCGUGGUGAAGAAGGUGGAGCAGAAGAUCGAGAGCUGUUCCCAGCAGGAUGUGGAGCUCCAUGUGGAGAGGAUCUUUGUGAUCAGCCAGUCUGAGGCCCGACUUCCCCUUCAGCUGGAAGAUGCUGUCAGGCCAGAGGGAGAAGGAGACGAGGAGGGAAGAGCCACUGUCAAUCAGGACACUAGACUGGACAACAGAGUUAUCGAUCUGAGGACCACGACCAGCCAGGCCAUCUUCAGGCUGCAGUCGGGCGUAUGUCAGCUCUUCAGAGACACGCUUAUCAACAAGGGCUUUGUGGAGAUCCAGACCCCCAAAAUCAUCUCUGCUGCCAGCGAGGGUGGAGCAAAUGUCUUCACCGUCUCCUACUUUAAAACCAGUGCAUACCUGGCCCAGUCCCCUCAGCUCUACAAGCAGAUGUGCAUUUGUGCUGACUUUGACAAAGUCUUCUGUGUCGGACCAGUGUUCAGGGCUGAGGACUCCAACACUCAUCGCCAUCUGACCGAGUUUGUGGGGCUGGAUAUUGAAAUGGCUUUCAAUUACCAUUACCAUGAGGUCAUUGACUCCAUUACUGACACCAUGGUUCAGAUCUUUAAGGGACUACGUGACCGGUUCCAGACAGAGAUCCAGAUGGUGAAUAAGCAGUACCCCAGUGAGCCGUUCAAGUUCCUGGAGCCCACGCUGAGACUGGAGUAUAAGGAGGCAGUGGCCAUGCUCAAAGCUGCUGGGGUGGAAAUGGGGGAUGAAGAAGAUUUGAGCACACCUAAUGAAAAGCUGCUUGGUCGUCUUGUGAAAGACAAGUAUGACACUGACUUCUAUGUGCUGGACAAAUAUCCCUUGGCGGUAAGGCCUUUCUACACCAUGCCUGACCCCAACAACCCGAAAUACUCCAACUCAUAUGACAUGUUCAUGAGAGGAGAGGAGAUCCUGUCUGGAGCUCAGAGAGUCCACGAUGCCCAGCUGCUCACUGAAAGAGCAAUGCACCACGGCAUCGACUUGGAGAAGAUCAAGGCGUACAUUGACUCGUUCCGUUAUGGAGCUCCUCCUCAUGCUGGCGGUGGCAUAGGUUUGGAGAGAGUGACCAUGCUUUAUCUCGGCCUACAUAAUGUACGUCAGACCUCCAUGUUCCCUCGUGACCCCAAACGCCUGACCCCAUAAAGAUUAAAGCAGCCAGUCGGCUUCUCGUCUCCCGUCCCACUUGAAGCAGUAGAACCUUUCGGACACCCAGCCAUCAUGCCAGGAUGUGGAAGUGCCAUGAUUAACCGACACAAAUUCAGCCACUUUUAUAAUACUUAUCACCAGACACAACAUUACGGAUGUUAGAUAAAACUAAUGUACUUUGAAGGGAAUCAGUGUUAACUGCUUAUAUAAUACAGGUGAUAUUGUGACACGUAUUAUUAAAAUCAUACUGUACAUGUAGGUGUUUUUCUACUGAUGAUGUUCUACUGAUGAUAUUUGUGUCAAAAUCUUGACUCAAAGAUUUUGAGAAUUCUAACAAAUCAUUUAAACAGUACAUGCACAAUAAAUUAACUAAAUGGUACGUUUCUGAGUAUUUUUCUUCUGAAAGUUCGAAAAUGAUUUUUAAUGUUGGUCAUAUAUUCUUGACUAUGUUUCAAAUCAUAAGCACUUACUAAGUGAUUCCCCAAACGUUGAAGGUUAAUAUUACAUCACUUCCUGUUGUGUAAUGCCAAUGUAGUUCAAUUCCAGUAGUCAUCAUACAUUUGUAGAUCGUUUUUCUUCGUUUUAUUUCCCUUUAGGUUAUAGGCUAUAUAUCAAAUCACUGUUUUAGUACACACUCAGGUUUUUACAGUAGACUCUUCAAAAUGCAAAUGAACAGGUGGAAUGUUACAAAAAUAAAGUGCUCAUUCAUUGUAAAUAAAAUGACAAUCAAUUUGGUAAAAGUAUGAGCAACCUCUGUGGAACAACAUGUAAAACGACACAACAAAAUCAUUUUAAUAAGAGUCAGUAGUGUUGAAGGUAAUAUUUGAGACCCAUGUGAUUGAAAAAGUCAUGAUAAGCUCAAAGAAAGAUCGGAAACGCUCAAACGCAUUAAUCUGUUUACUCGGAAGAGCUUCCUGUGAUGUGCAGGAGGAAGAUAAAGAUCUGGACGAUAUCAACAUAGAGGGAAAGAGCUCCGAAGACAUAUUCCUCAGGGCUGAUGCUGUUCGCUCGGUUUCCAAUGAGCAGCUGAGUGUGGUAAGCCAAAAACUGUAAAAAGACAAGCAAUCAUUUAGCAUUCCAUUGGGGAAAAAAGUGUGCUUAAUUGUAUUGAAUGGGUACUUUAACCCUCAUGUGGUGUUCAAAACCCUAUAACACUUGUGGUGUUCCCGGUCAAAAAUGACCGGCCC